AAAAUUCACGUUUAUUCUCUGUUUUCGAAUUCAAUCGCAUUGGAAUGUUCACAUCACCUAAGUAGACAUUGGAUCCGAGGAAAAAUUUAGACAGCAUUGGGCGAAAAAAAGUCAUCAAUUGUCAUCGGUCACACAAAGAGAGCAAACCAAAAACAAAAACACCAAAGUCGCCCAUUACGAAAUACAAUGUGUGUGAUGUCAAAAAAUGAACGAGACUAAAGACGCAAGUGGAACAUUACCAAACGACAGUCUAUCGUCAAUAUGGGAUCGUACAAAAUGUUCACAAACGGUUGAUGGCAAUUCUCCGCGUAUUUUCAAAUUGAAUGUCGAUUGUUUGGAGGAGAUCUGUCACUAUCUAACCAUACGCGAUUUAUUGACACUCGGUCAAACGUGUAGAUUAAUGCAACAAGUGACUGGUGAAUAUUUCAAAGAGAAUUACACAGAGGCCAGUAAAUUUGGCGGUUGUUAUGGAAUCUAUCGUGUAUUUUGCAGUGAUGGAACCGAACGUCCGGAAACAUCUGGUUUCAAUAAAUUCGUUCGAUACAUAUCCCAUCGAUCCAAUGACCUUGCACCGUUGCGUUACAUUGAAUCGAAUGCACCAAAGUUUAUAUCGGCCAAGCAUCUCUUCUUAAACGGUAUUCAUCUGAUAUCGGGUCGUCUUCGUUGUCUCCAAACGAUUUUAAAUCAAAUGGAAAUCAUUCAAAUCAUUCAAUGUUCGAUGCAAUUCGAUUUUUACGAAUCGUUUCUAAAGUAUUGCGGUAAUUUAAAGCGGCUAUACAUUCAAAACGACUUAGGUGACAUAAUAAAACGUAAUGAAAACGAUUGGCUCCAAAAGACCUAUGCAAAGCUUGAGCAUUUGGAAUUUGAUGGUAUGAAAGUGCGAACGUUUGACGUGAGUGAAUUGGAGCGUUUCUUUCAAUUAAAUCCAAAUGUCAAUAGUUUUACAACGAAUGUCACAUUUUUGAUGGAAAAUCAAGACAAAUUUCUGGCGAGUAACAUUCGACUUGACACAUUUGGCGUGAAGAUUCAUCGACAAUCGUUUCGCUUUCGAAUGGUUGAUUUACAAUUGAACACAAUGACUAUGACCUUUCAAUUAUUGAAUCAACUCUACGAGCGUGGUUUUUUCAAGCAGCUACAUUUACACGUAACAUACAUCGAUGCUGAAUAUACAAAUGCAAUGAUGUCAUUGUACGGGCUGGAGAAAUUGUGCAUCAAUCGAAUCAUUCGUAAUUCAACAUUCAAUUUGCAUCGCGUGAAUACAUUAAAAGAAUUGGCAAUUUUUGAUAUACUACCCACAUUUGAUGUAGACGUAUUGGCACAAGAACUCACCAGAUUGGAAAGUCUUUACAUUUGCCGUGCAACAUAUGGUGAUAUUUUGGCAUUCACAAGAUAUGCCACCAAAUUGAAUCGCAUCAUUUUAAAGGACACACUCAAUUUGGACGCGAAGCGCAUUAAAGUGGUGACAUUGAAUGAGGAACGAAAAAAAUUGAAAAAUGCACGAAAACUAACGAUUUAUCUACCGGAUGAUGUAUUUAUAGCGAGCAAAUGGGCCACCGUUAACGGCGAAACUGAUUUGAAAUUUGUUAAAAUUCAACGAUCCGAUUCGUACCGCUGGGACCACUAUUAUCAGUGACACGAUGACGAUGAUCGGAUUUCGAACACGAAAACAACAGUCGAGAAAAACAAACAAAGGGAACACUUGAAAGAAACAAAACAAUGGAAAAAUAACCGAAAAUAACAAAAACAUGAAUGCAAAAUUUAAAAUACACAAAUAUUACCAAAAAUAGAACGAACACCCAGGGGAAUGACAUUGCUAAUGAUUUAUUUCGGUACUAGAAGUGCCAUGAACUUUUCAUAUGAACGACUGAAAAAUACGUUAUCCACUGAUGGUUGAACAUAAAAACAAUAAUAAAGUAACACAAGGGAAAAACAU